AAUGUCAUAGAUGUGACUCCGAAUCAGAUACCACUAGUAUCAGAUACACAUGACUAUCUAAAUGUAACACAUAAUUAUUACUUCAAAUCUCCUCACAGUGACUAGCUAUCUCGUGAAUUUGACUGAAUAUUUUGAUAAUUAUAAAGUUAUUGUCUCAUAUUUAUGAUAAUAAUAUACAUAUCUAUAUGUCAAUAUAUUAACGAUGAUACGAUCAUAUUUGUGAGGUACUAAGUCAUUAUUCGAAAUAAAUAUAUACAAAUACAUAUAAAGAACAGAACAGGGUCACAUUUAGGGUAUACAUUUACUCUUUACUUCUGACGUGCUGUGCUGUUUUUGUAAAAGAGGGCGAUCAGCAGACUGUGUGUGUUGUUGUUGUUGUGUGGUUUAGAUCGAAUAUAGUUUUGUGUUCAUGUCAGACUUUAACUGGAAUGUAAUAAAUGUCUCAAACUGAGAAAAAAAACUCGGUAAACGUGUUAAAUCAAAUACAAAUUCCGUAAUUGGUUUAUAAACGUGCACUUUUUUGGAAGGUGAGUGACCCCCGCUGAGAUACGCGUGCACGCGCUUCUUAGAUCGAACGCAGGACUGUUGGACAUCAGUGUUUGCAGAUUAACUCACGGUGACCAGAGUUUUUAAACUGUGGUCACGUGGUAAUGACCCCCUAUUACCACCAGGGGGCGACCACGCUGCACCAACCACCGCCCGAAACCUGUCAAAGGUCAAAACCACUAAGAAAGACUGUGAUUAUUUCACCAACGCCUUAUCAGAGUAUUUUAAUCAAAUGAUCAAAUGAUCAAACGUGUCGUGGUCUGUAACCGUAACUUAUUGUCGCACAAAUUCAAGAGCAAAGAGGGAGAGACAUCCAGCAGACCCUCUAUGACUUAUUAAUAACACCUUUAGCUCGCAGAAAAAAAGGUCUCGUCUGUCCUUGUAACACCUUAAAAUGUCAAUGGCAUUUUCUUUCCUGAAGCAUUUAGACCUUCGUUAAGCUCCUUUACUCUGCCAGGGUCAAAGGUUAAACGUUCCCCAUGCAUCUAAUAUCCCGCGUGUGGUUACGGGGCCACAGUGAUUCUUUUGUUUUGUCCGAAGAGGCGGAGCGUCGCUUCGGCUUUUCACCCAUUAGAGGAUCGACGGGCGAGACACGUUCUGGAAAAGCCGUCUCCCCGCAGGCCGCGGCGCAGCCCGCCGCGUUAUUUCAGCCCCAGCGCCGCGCUCCCCCCGUCAGUGCGCGCUCCACUAUGGACCGCAACGGAGACGAGCGGCACAGGACGACGACGACGACGAGGAGCAGCAGCUGCGCGCCACAGCAUGACGGACGACAGGGGAACCGCGCCGCGCGCCCCGGAGGCGCCUCGGAUGCGGGGCGAAGGCGAGAGACUCCGAACUUUUGAGCGCUGGCCCGCGGACGCGCCCGUCGCGCCAGGGGAGCUGGCCGAGGCGGGCUUCUUCUUACUGGGCCCCGGGGACACGGUUCAGUGCUUCUGCUGCGGGGGGGUCUUGAGGUGCUGGGUGCGUGGGGACCGACCCGCCGCGGAGCACCGCAGGCACUUCCCCGACUGCGAGUUCGCGCUGGGCCGCGCCGCGGGCAACGUGCCGCUCCCGGCGGGCUCCUCGGACUCAGUGGACGGCCAGCUGUUGAGCCAGCUGCAGAGGAUGACCAUGGAGGAGCAGGGCGCGCCCGGGCAGGCCGUGUACCCGCAGCUGGAGGCCGAGGACUCCCGGGUCACCACCUUCCACAACUGGCCCGCCGAGGCCGUGGUCCAGCCAGAUGUUCUCGCGCGGGCGGGAUUUUUCUACACAGGCCACGGAGACAACGUCAAAUGCUUCCACUGCGACGGGGGGCUGAGGAACUGGGAGCCGGGGGACGACCCCUGGCAGGAGCACGCCAGGUGGUUUCCACGAUGUGAGUUUCUGAUCCAGGAGAGAGGCCAGGACUACAUCAGCAACGUGCAGGACUCUCACUUCCACCUGGGAGACACCGUGGGCGGGUCGCAGAGCUCCGCGGGCAGAGACGGGGGGUCCAGAAACGGCGUGGUGGGCGGUCUGGCGGCCUCCUCGGCCAUGCUCUCUCCCGUGGUGCAGACGGUGCUGCAGAUGGGCUUCGAGGCGGCCUUGGUGGAGAGCUUGGUCCAGACCAAGUUCCUCCUGACGGGGCAGCACUACACCUCCGUGUCGGCCCUGGUGUCCGACGCGCUGCAGGCGCAGCAGGAGGACCGCGGGGGGUCCCAGACCACCGAGGCAGAGACGAGGGAGGGCUCCAGCGUUGCCACCGUGAGGACACAAGCACUCGUCAGAGAGAGAGCGAAGGAGCCGAGCCCCGAGGAGCUGCUGCAGCAGCUGCAGGAGGAGAGGACCUGCAAAGUGUGCAUGGACAAGCUGGUGUCCAUGGUCUUCAUCCCCUGCGGACACCUGGUGGUGUGCGGCGACUGCGCCGCCAGCCUGCGGCACUGCCCCAUCUGCAGAGCCGUGGUCAGGGGCAGCGUCCGGGCCUUCAUGUCCUGAGGCGCCGAUUCCAAUAAAUAAUCAGACCGGUCCAUGUGUGUGUGUGUGUGUGCGUUUCAUACAUGACGGGGACGGCGUUAAAAGUCACGUUGUUUUAUUAGCUGACACGUAUUUACACAAACACGAUAAAUAGGAUUACACACAAUCAGGUCACAUGGAGGCAACACGGGGGAAGAAUCAACAAAAGGCCGCUUCCACUUUCUACACUUUCUAUACAAAGAUAACC